AUGGAGGCCGCGGCCCGGCUAUCGCCGGCCCCACUCGCUGAUCCUGAUGGAGGGAUGCUGACUCAGCAGUGGAAGCCCUUUGCCGAUGCCCCCGAUCCCAAAGCCCUUCUCGAUACGCAAAGACGUGAAUCUAUUGCAGCAAAACUUGUUGCAAAUUUGAUCACAGAAGCAGGUGCAAACCGUGUACUUGCAUGUGAUCUUCGUUCCGGGCAGUCCAUGGGAUAUUUUGAUAUUCCAGUGGAUCAUGUCGAUGGUCAGCCUGUGAUUCUUGAUUACCUAGCCAGCAAGACCAUAUGUUUAGACGAUCUAGUUGUAGUAUCUUUAGAUGUUGGAGGUGUUGCUAGGGCUCGUGCUUUUGUCAAGAAGUUAUCAGAUACUUCUCUCGCCAUUGUGGAUAAAAGGCGUCUUGGACACAAUGUUGCUGAGGUUAUGAAUCUGAUAGGGGACGUCAGAGGGAAAGUUGCUGUUGUGGUUGACGAUAUGAUUGAUACUGCUGGACAAUAUGAGCAGCUUCAAAGAGCUUUUCUCAAGGGAAACAAAAAUAUGUCUUGCUACUUCCUAUCUGUUUGA